AUGGAGGGAGGCUACUCGCAACUCGGUGACUCGGAGGUGGUCGCCAGACGCGAUCACCACCAAGCUAGCAUGAAUCACUACACCUUGGACAUCAGUUACUGCGGAGAGAAGGCGAGACAGGCUGCCUUGCACAAGUCCGCGAACAGCGUUGAACGUUUUGUCGACCGCGAUCUCCAGAGCCUUGGAGUCCCUCACAAGGUUGGCGUGCGGCGAGCCGUCGAACCGUUUCUGCCAAACAUAUGGCGUACAUGGGAAGAGCACGGGGAAACAGAUCGCAGGCUGCGCGAACUAGACAUCGUAGGGAAGGGGGUGGACCUAAUUCUAGGGUUCCUGAAGCUGCCGAUCGUCGCGCAGGGACACAUGGAUGAUGAUGAUCGCCGAAGUAACGGAGCAUUCGAUCCUCGAGCUCCCGAUGCCGUCCUAUCUGCGAUUGUAAACACCGCUCUCAUCACCAUCAAGGAGGAACCCAUGGACAAUGAUGCUCAAGCUCUCCUGAACGCAGACUCUACAAACCCGGAGGAGAACGACCAGCAGGCCCAGGAUCCGGCGGCAUCUCAGACACACGUGGAAAGCAGUACGGCUGGCAACGGCGUCGGCGCGAAGCCCGGGCUGGUGGACACGCUCAGGAGUGCCCUCACCGCGGCGGUCACCGUGCAGGCGCGGGAGGCGCAACUUGAGGCAGACGUCGCAUUGUACAGAAACCAAGCGGAGCGGUUGGCGACCCGCGAACGCUUCCAGGUGCAGGCGGCGCGGAAGGACGCGGAGCUGGCGGAAGCGCGGUAUCAAUGGGCGCAGGAGCGUAUCCGGGUACUCGAGACGAACACAGAGAAGGAACGGGUCGCGCGUGAGAUGCGCGAGGUGCAGGCACUGCUCGAGCAGGAGAAGAUGAAGCGAGCGCAGGGCGAGGAUGCAGGGCGGGCUGCACAGGAAACCAUUGCUUCCCUGCGAGCAGAACGAGAUCGGCUUCAGACAGAGUUGCAGACGGCUCGCGAUGCUGUUGCCUCGGUGCAGGCACAAUGGCAUUCGGCGCAUGAGCGAGAGCUCAAGGCCGAAAUCGACAAGCGAGAGCGUGCAGAGCGAGUGGCGCUGGAGCUCGGCAAGAAGCUAGUAAGGCUGCAAGUGGACAUGCGGAGUCAGAACACUGCCCUCCGUGAGCAGGUUGAGACGCUGACGAAGGAACUGGAGGGCGAGCGCGCUGAGUGCUCAGCUAGGCGAGAACAGCUGGUGAUGGAGGUUUCAUCGUUGCGAGUGCAGUUGAAAGCUGCCAAUGAGGAUAAGACUAUGGCUCCGAGAGAUUUCCGCGGAGGUGAAAACACCC